AUGCCUGGGGUAUCAGAGCUACGACUGGUGGAGAGGCGCUACAUCUGCCGAUAUCUCCUGUGCUCAUCCUAUGAUAGGCAGCCGCUGGGGAUGGUAGGGGUCCACGAAAGGAAGAGGGCAAUCCUCCGCAGGCUGAUGCGGAGGUUAGAACAUCGUUUUGCCCUCCGAAUGGACCUCAGAAUUCUCCAGCGGAUAUGGUCCGAUAUGAAGUGCAGGAGUCCAGAAUUAAUAGCUGAAAUAGCGGAAGCAAAUGUACCUGGGGUGGCACUGAGCAGCAAUGCAUCUUCUGGGCUGAUAUCAGUGGGGAAGGAUUCAGUGAGACUCACAUGUUCAGCUCUUGGCACUAAUGUCACCUUAUCCUGGCACCUGGAUGGGGCACCAUUACCCACAAACCCCAGGUAUUACUUAAUGAAUUCCAACUCCAGCCUCAUUAUCAGCCCUGUGGAGAGAACAGACAAUGGAUCCUUUACCUGCACUGCCUCUAACAGUGUGAAUAGUGAGACCAGCAGCCCCCUGACUCUCAACCUUGGCUGGUCUCCUGAUGGAAAUGUUCAGUGUAAUGCAGCCAGAUUGGAUCAGACACUGACACUGAGCUGUUCUUGGCCCGGAGGCAACCCUGCUGCAAAUGUUACCCUGAUAUUUCAGAAUAACAGAUACACAGCACAGGAUACAGUGACUAUGGAUGUACCCCUUAAUGUCAUCUCCUCUGGGGCAGAACUGGCCUGCUUGGGUACACAGGCGGAACAGAUUACAUUCAGCACAAUGAUCUUAGGAACCCCAAUAGGGGCAACCAGCGGCUCUGUUUUUCCAGUGACAGAAGGAGAAAAUGUCACCAUGGCUGUCAACUUAGACUGGAGCAGAACUGUUUCUCCCAGAAUUCAGGCACUUCCUGCAACAUUCUCCUGGUUCCACCUCAAUCCUGACCCUUCUCUUUUAAUCAGUGGAGGAAAGAUCUCAGUCAUUUCCAGUGGUUAUAAAUCAGAGCUGGUGAUAUCUUCAGUGACUGCCACUGAACGUGGAAAUUAUAAAUGUGUAGUUGAAAACUUUUUAGGAAACUCAACAUUUUUAUUUGAAAUCAGUGUGGAUACAGGUACAACUAAGAAUGUUAACAAUAACAUUGUUAUUUCUAGACACUAUACUAACCUCUAUAUGUCAUACCUGGUAAACACACAGUAUGGGCAAAACGAUGUUGGCACCUCUUCCUGUGUAACAUCGCAUUCCAAAACCAAGGAUCAUUUUAAAGUUGGCAAUUUAUUUGCUGCUACAACAGCCUUGACCCUCUACUCCUCAUGUUCCAGCAGCAGCAGCAGCAGCCAACUCUCCUCUGGUGCAAUAGCCGGCAUUGUCAUCGCUGCCCUGUUUGUUGUAGCGCUGAUACCUCUCACCGUAAUCUUCAUUCUCCGCAAGAAGAACAAGAACAACACUCCAACUCCAACAAGUCCUGUAUAUGAGAAUACAGGUGCCCAAGCACCAAGCCAUUAUGAAAGUAUCAUUCCAGGAUCUAAGGAGAACAUGGCAGGAAAUAAUCCCCAGGAAUCCAGCUAUCAGGAACUUCAAUUCUCAAAUAAAGAUGUGUAUAAUAAUUUAAGGAAAACUCCCAGAUAAUGAUUUAGGUA